GCGUACGGCCUAAAGGGCCUAAACCCACCUCUCCUCUCCCCCACCUCUUCUAGCCGCAGCAGCAACCAUCUCCUCCUCUCGCCGCCGCCGCACCGCGCAGCGCCUCCGAUUCCCUCCCCGAGGUUUAAGUGCCCGCUCAUCUUCCCCGAAUGGCGGCCGCGGCGGCUAGGAGCCUGCUUCUGAGGCACCUCCGCUUGGCGGCUGCACCAGCAGCGGCGUCCGUCAGGCCGGCGGCGGCGCUGCAGGGGGCCCUGUGGGGGCGGCGAUGGAUGUCGUCGGAGGAGGCCAAGGGGUCGUUCCUGGACAAGAGCGAGGUCACCGACCGCGUCAUCAAGGUCGUCAAGAACUUCCAGAAGAUCGACGACCCCUCCAAGGUGACGCCAGAUGCCCAUUUCAAGAAUGAUCUCGGUCUAGACAGUUUGGAUGCAGUGGAGGUUGUCAUGGCCUUCGAAGAGGAAUUUGGUUUUGAGAUACCUGACAAUGAAGCUGACAAGAUUGACUCCAUCAAAGUUGCAGUUGACUUCAUUGCCUCACACCCUCAAGCAAAAUGAGCGAAUGAUUUGCGUUGUAUACCUGUUUAGUUUUACUGUCAAGAUGAUGAACAUUUCCUCUGCAUGAUAUCCACUCAUGUGAUUUCUUCAUUGUACUGAUGCUACUGGCCAUUUUGGAAUGUUCUCUCCGACCUGUGGAUUGUCUAGACCAAAUAAUUUGUUUGAUUGUGAGAAGAAACUCGUUUUCUUUAUGGGGUUUCCACAAGUUAUCAAAGAUCUACUUUCGUGCUCA